AAAUUACACUGCACUACACUAGUCGUUAUUAACCAUAGGAAAAAUUAAAGAACUGGUGCCGUGAAAUAAAAUCACAUAAACACUUACACACCCCUAAAGUCCUAGACUGAUUUGAGCCGAUGGGAUAGGGCACUGCUCCUACAGAAAGCAUUUUGACUGAUUUGAGCUGAUAGGGCACUUGUUCCUGUAGAAAGCAUUGAAAAUAUUUAUUUGGGUAGAUGGAAAGAUGAUAACUAUCACUUAUUACUAUCUAUCCCGGGCUGGCUAUUUCGGCAAUAACACCUCAGUAGAGAGCUCAAUCACACCGCAACAGCAACCACUAGAGAGCUAAAGGCUAUGUCUGAAUCCAAAGAUUCAACUAUUUCCGCCGUAACUAUUUCAUCCAUUUCUACCCGUGGUUCGAUUUACUCUCCUACUGCUACUCAGCCCAUCAGAGGUGAAAGAAGAUUGAUUUGUGGGGAAAAUUUUAAAAAUAUAGAUGAUGAUAUGACACAAGUUGCUGCACAACUCAAUCAUCUUCGAUCAAUGGGCCUUUUGUCUUUCCAGCAAAUAGUUGAUGCUAACCGUGCUCUUAAUGAAAAUCAGGAUCCAAUACAUUUGUCAACAAUGAAAUUAUGGAUAACAAUGAACUUGGAAGACCAAGUGAGAUUCGCUCAAAAUUGCUGCAGACGGUAGGUGCUGAGAAAGAUGAGGAUGAAAGAGGUCGGACAAAUUUAUUUGUGGUACUAUUUGAUGAUUUGUAAUAUUCAAACAACUUUAAGGCUUUUGGAUUGCUUUUUUUUAUGUAACCUUCGAACAAAUCGGUUCUUUUGGCCGUACUCCUUAUUAUGUAUGUGGAGUGAGUUAGGACCCAUUUCUUUCUAAAAUAUCUUUUCUAAGAAAAUAUAUUAUGUGAAAUAUUGGAAUAGAAAACAAAGGUAAAACAUAGUGAUAUUUAAGAUAUAUAGAAUAAGAUGAAAGAGACAUACAAAUAAAA